AUGGCGGAAGCCAAGAAGCCAGGUCCCGAGAGGAUCUCAAUUCUGGGCGAGGCUAAUAUCAUUGUUGAUCAUGGCCUUUGGCUCAACUUUGUCGUCGACGACCUCCUCCAAAACACCCCAACCUCGACAUACGUCCUAAUCACCGAUACGAACCUCUUCGACACCUAUGUACCCGCCUUCCAAGCUCAAUUCGAGGCUGCGGCCGAGGGCAAGGCGACCCGUCUGCUCACCUACACAAUUCCUCCGGGUGAGGCUUCCAAGAGCCGGGAGACAAAGGCCGAGAUUGAAGACUGGAUGCUCUCGCAGCAAUGCACUCGUGACACCGUCAUCAUCGCCCUCGGUGGCGGUGUUAUGGGUGACAUGAUCGGCUAUGUCGCAGCAACCUUCAUGCGCGGAGUUCGCUUUGUCCAAGUCCCGACCACAUUGCUGGCCAUGGUUGACUCAUCCAUUGGCGGAAAGACUGCCAUUGACACCCCAAUGGGCAAGAAUCUGGUCGGCGCCUUCUGGCAGCCCAAGCGCAUCUACAUUGACUUGGCCUUCCUCGAGACCCUGCCUGUCCGUGAGUUCAUCAACGGCAUGGCUGAGGUAGUCAAGACUGCGGCUAUUUGGAACGAAACCGAAUUCACCGUGUUGGAGGAGUCGGCAGCUCACAUCCUCGAGUGCGUUCGAUCCAAGGGCGAAGGCCGAUUGACACCCAUCAAGGACGUGCUGAAGCGCAUUGUCAUUGGAUCGGCAGGUGUCAAGGCCGAGGUUGUCUCCAGCGAUGAGCGUGAGGGUGGUCUUCGCAACCUCCUCAACUUUGGCCAUUCCAUCGGACAUGCAAUUGAAGCCAUCCUUACGCCUCAGCUACUUCAUGGAGAAGCUGUGGCAAUCGGUAUGGUCAAGGAAGCCGAGCUGGCCCGUUACCUAGGUGUUCUGCGCCCGGGUGCUGUCGCCAGGCUUGUCAAGUGCAUAGCCAGCUAUGAUCUCCCAACUUCAAUCCAUGACAAGCGCGUUGUCAAAUUGACUGCUGGCAAGAAGUGUCCUGUCGACGUCUUGCUUCAGAAGAUGGGAGUUGACAAGAAGAAUGAUGGCCAAAAGAAGAAGAUUGUGCUCCUGUCUGCCAUCGGCAAGUGCCACGAGCCUCGUGCCAGUGUUGUCGACGACAAGACGAUCCGAACUAUUCUGUCACCUUCCAUCCAAGUGACGCCUGGUGUGCCAAGCAACUUGGAUGUUACCGUCACCCCACCGGGCUCCAAGAGCAUCUCCAAUCGGGCCUUGGUCCUGGCAGCUCUUGGCUUGGGAUCUUGUCGUAUCAAGAAUCUCCUUCACUCGGACGAUACUGAGUAUAUGCUGUCAGCUAUUCAUCAACUUGGGGGAGCUUCCUACUCUUGGCAGGAUGCCGGAGAGGUUUUGGUCGUCGACGGUAAGGGAGGGAACCUCCAGGCCAGCAAGGAAGCUCUCUAUCUAGGCAACGCCGGAACAGCAUCCCGCUUCUUGACCACUGUCGUCGCUCUGUGCUCUCCAAGUGAAAGUGCCAGCUCUACCAUCCUCACUGGCAAUGCGAGGAUGAAGGUUCGUCCGAUCGGCCCGCUAGUCGAUGCUCUACGUUCGAACGGUGUUGAGAUCGAAUACCAGGGCAAAGAAAACAGCCUUCCCCUGCGUGUUGAUGCAGCCGGGGGACUCAAGGGAGGUGUCAUCGAGCUCGCGGCCACCGUUUCGUCUCAAUACGUUUCGUCAAUCCUCAUGGCAGCUCCUUAUGCCAAGAACCCGGUGACCCUACGCCUGGUGGGCGGUAAACCUAUCUCACAGCCUUACAUCGACAUGACCAUCUCUAUGAUGGCAUCCUUUGGCGUUCAUGUGACUGCCUCCUCCGAUGAGCCGAACACCUACCACAUCCCUCAGGGCCAGUACCAGAACCCAAGCGAGUACAUCAUUGAGAGCGACGCCAGCUCUGCCACCUAUCCUUUGGCGAUUGCUGCCAUCACUGGUACAACAUGUACCAUUCCCAACAUUGGGUCAAAGUCGCUCCAGGGCGACGCUCGCUUUGCUGUUGAUGUGUUGCAGCCUAUGGGCUGCACGGUCAACCAGUCAGACUACUCCACCACAGUCACUGGUCCUGCACCUGGUGAGCUAAAGGGGUUGCCUCAUGUUGAUAUGGAACCCAUGACGGACGCAUUUCUUACAGCAUCAGUUUUGGCUGCUGUGGCCUCCGGGAAAACACAGAUCACCGGUAUUGCCAACCAGCGAGUCAAGGAAUGUAACCGAAUUGCGGCCAUGAAGGACCAGCUGGCCAAGUUUGGUGUUCAGUGCAACGAACUUGAUGAUGGUAUUGAGGUUCUCGGGAAAGGACAGGACGGUGGCAUCUCAGCACCAACAGUUGGCAUCCAUUGCUAUGAUGAUCACCGUGUUGCCAUGAGCUUCAGUGUACUUGCAGUUGCAUCACCCAGCCCCGUCAUCGUCACUGAACGAGAGUGUGUGGGCAAAACAUGGCCUGGCUGGUGGGACAUCCUGUCGCAGGCCUUCAAGGUUGACAUGAUUGGUCACGAGCCAGACGCCAAUGCUGAUGAGGAGGAUAGCAAGAGCUCGGUUAUGGAGCGCUCAGUGUUCAUCAUUGGGAUGCGGGGCGCUGGCAAGACUACGGCUGGCAACUGGAUGGCCAAGAUGUUGGGUUGGAAAUUCAUCGACCUGGAUCAAGAGCUGGAGAGACGGGCUGGAUGCACGAUUCCCGAGAUGAUCAGAGGCAGCCGUGGGUGGGAAGGUUUCCGAGCAGACGAGUUGUCUCUUCUGAAGGACGUGAUGGCGAAGAACUCACAUGGCCAUAUCUUCUCUUGUGGCGGUGGCCUUGUCGAAACGCCCGAGGCCAGGCAGCUCCUCAAGGACUAUGGCAGAAAUGGUGGCAAUGUCCUGCUCAUCCAUCGUGACACAGAACAGGUGGUGGAGUACCUGAUGCGAGACAAGACUCGCCCGGCCUACACCAGCGAGAUCCGAGAAGUCUAUCUCCGCCGGAAAGACUUUUAUCAGGAGUGCAGCAACCUUCUCUACUACAGCCCACACUCGGAGUCCUCUGGAUCGAAGAGCGAGAUUCCGUGUGACUUCCAGCAGUUCGUGUCCUCCAUUUCUGGCAGAAGCACGCAUCUCAAGGAUGUGAUGGAGAAGGACCACAGUUUCUUUGUCUCUCUGACCGUUCCCGAUGUGAGCGAGGCGGCUAGCUUGAUCCCGGAAGUUGUUGUCGGUUCCGACGCGGUUGAGUUGAGAGUUGAUCUCCUUCAGGAUCGGUCUGUCGACUCAGUCACACGACAAGUGUCCAUUCUUCGUGCCCUGGCCAAGAAGCCCAUUGUCUUCACUCUACGCACCGUCUCUCAGGGUGGAAAGUUCCCGGAUGAGGCCUACGAGGAAGGCCUUGAGCUUUACCGCUUGGCUCUCCGCAUGGGCAUGGAGUAUGUCGAUGUCGAGAUGACGUUGCCUGAAAACAUCAUCCAGACCGUCACGGAGUCUCGCGGUCACUCACGCAUCAUUGCUUCACACCAUGACCCCCAGGGCACCAUGUCGUGGAAGAAUGCUUCUUGGAUUCCAUUCUACAACCGCGCCCUCCAGUUUGGUGAUAUUAUCAAGCUCGUUGGCGUCGCGCGCAGCUCCGAAGACAACUUUGAUCUCGCCAAGUUCAAGAGCAGAAUGCAGGAGGCACAGAAGACACCCAUGAUCGCCAUGAACAUGGGUAAGGCGGGCAAGCUCAGCCGCGUGCUCAACAAGUUCUUGACGCCAGUCUCCCACCCUGCAUUGCCCUUCAAGGCUGCACCUGGGCAGAUGUCGGCGGCCGAGAUCCGUCGCGGUCUGGCGUUGUUGGGUGACCUGGAUCCAUGCAACUUCUACUUGUUUGGAAAGCCGAUUUCAGCUUCCCGGUCACCUGCGCUUCACAACACCCUGUUCGGACAGACAGGCUUGCCUCACCAGUACCACCGUUUGGAGACGGACAACAUCCAAGAUGUUCGUGAAGUUCUGCAGGCACCUGAUUUUGGAGGCGCCUCUGUGACCAUCCCUCUAAAGCUGGACGUCAUGGGUCAAGUCGACGAGCUCUCGGAGGCAGCACGUACGAUUGGCGCAGUCAACACUGUUGUGCCGAUAGGUAAGGCUGAUGCCAGUGACCGUCGACGUCUCCUGGGAGACAACACGGACUGGAGGGGCAUGGUUCACGCUCUUCGUGACGAAGGAGUGGAGGAGCAGGCCGAUUCCGAGACCAAGGGAGCGGCCAUGGUGGUUGGGUCAGGUGGUACUACACGAGCCGCCAUCUUUGCCCUCCAUUCCCUCGGCUUUGGUCCAAUCUACAUCGCGGCACGAAACCAGGCCAAGGUGGACGCGCUCGCAGCUGACUUCCCAGCUGAGUACCAGUUGCAAGGUCUGAGCCAGCCUUCGGACGCUGACAAGGUGUCUUCAAACCUCAAUGUCGUCAUCAGCACUAUCCCAGCUGAUCGGCCCAUUGACCCAAGUCUCCAAGAGCUCGUCGGUGCUUUGCUCAGCCGACCGGCUGUGGGCACAGAGCGUCGUGUUCUUCUAGAGAUGGCCUACAAGCCUAGCCACACCCCGAUUAUGCAGCUGGCGGACGAAGCAGGCAACUGGACCACUGUCCCCGGUCUGGAGGUUCUGGCGUCUCAGGGUUGGUAUCAAUUUGAACUGUGGACUGGCAUCACGCCUUUGUACCGUGACGCUCGUUCGGCCGUCCUCGGUUUAUAG